AUGUCCGAUGAAGCAAUCAACCCUUCGAGCAGUGCACCCCGGACACAGUCCCCAUUGCACUCUGCACAAGGCCUCUCAUGGUCCACACAGCGUUCCGAGCAUGAUGUUCUAUCCGGGAGCCGGGAUCAAUGGAUCUCUUCCGUACUCGACCGAGGGCUGGAAUCCGACGUUGCUCCAUCCGAGCUCAAUAUAUUCUCCCCAGCUGGAAUUCAAUGGCUCCGGGAGAGAAUCGGCAGCGCCGAGUUGAAUCCGCUGACGUUCCUGGCCGAGGCAAGCCUCAGGAACGAUCUCGGACCCCUUGCGGAUGCACUCCGAAGGGCACCUUACCAGCCGUUGCCGCCCAAACACAUCGCCCUGCGCCUGUUCAACAGAUACUUCACGACAGUGAACCCAUUGUGCCCAUUAUUCGACGAGGAUGACUUCAUGUUCCGCGUGGAGCAACAGUACCCCGUUCAACUACGCUCAUCACUUGCAUGGUGGACUUGCGUAAAUGCUGUACUGGCUCUGGCAUGUCUGACCGAGGAAGGAUGCUCGUCCAGUGCGUGGAAGUAUUGGAAGAAUUGCACUAUCAGCCUGGAUAGCUUCUUCCUGCUGCCACCACAGCUCCUGUCAGCACAAGCGCUUCUCGCUAUGGCCUUAUUUCUGUACGGUAAUUUCAGUACUCGCAUUUUGCAGGCACUCGACUUCACAAAAGGUUGUCUUGGGCCGUCCGCGAAUCUCAAUACACGCAUUCGUGUCAUCUGCUAUACCCCGGAAAUUGACACCGCAUUACUUUCUGGGACGCCACCGGGACAAAAGUUGGACAUCACUACUUUGGAUGGAAGAGAGGCGCAAGACGACCUCGCUUCACGAGAUAAGGACAGUAUCACCACCUUCGACAUCUUCAACUCACUCCACGAACUUACGGCCAUAAAAAGCCGGGUCUAUCAGAACCUGUACUCGACAUGUGCCAACGGGAAAAGCGACACCGAGGUCAUAUUGACCGUGGGCCAGCUCGAUGAUCAACUAGAAAGCUGGAGGAAUGCCAUCCCCGAGGACUACCGUCCUGGGACUAACAACCUUGUCGGGAACCUGCGGAAUGACCCUCAUUUUGGAGUGGCAUAUCUGCAUUUCAGCUAUUAUUACUGUCUUUUGACAAUCCACCGACGCGCAAUGCCAUUCACGACAUGGCAGAUGGACCUGAGCGGAAGUCAACAACAUCUUCGCUCGCCCAACACCAGGACAUUUCUCUCUAGACAGAUCUCUGUUGCUGCGGCUCGCGCGACGCUGGAUCUCGUCCGCCAUAUACCUGCCGAGAAUAUGCUGUAUCCGGGCAUUAUAGCGCCAUUUGUGACUUUUGCCAUGAUGAGACUCUCGACUUUGAUCGUGGAAAACCCUUCUCUUGCCAUGGCGAAGGUCGAUAUUGAACGCAUGAAUGGCGUUGACAUGUUCUACUAUACUGUCUCGAUCAGCAGGCCUUAUCCAGAGGUGUUCGGGAUCCUGGAGUACUGCGCUCAUUAUCGCACACUCGCCGAACGCGCCAUCCAACGCUCAUUACGUUCUAAAAUGGCUUUGAGACCGCGGUGA